UAUAGUUGUUCGGGAGUCAUGCUUUGAUUUGUUCUAUCGGACAAGGAGUGCGUUGACUUUAGGUUCAACACCUUUAUAUUUUUCAGUAGAGUAAUAAACCUUUUUAGAUUUAGUUUAUUUUCCAGUAAAUGACUUUCUCAUCAAGCUUUUCACCAUCAGAAUACUAUCAUCAUUCUGAAUGGGUGUUUAUUAACUUUUGAAUUUCUCGGUGACAGAAAGAGAUAAAAAGAUUUCAGUUGACUUUUCUUUUAGACGUGCUUUCGUUUUAUCACGGUCGGCCCAUUAAAGGCCCACGAGAUCAUAGCUAAACCAACCAACCCACUAAAGGCCCAUGUAAAUGCACAUAUUGGUUCCUUCAAUUUCUUCAACAAGCAGCUGCUUUUACCAAACCCCUGCAACUUUACAGAGAGAACGAGAAACAGAGAGAGAGAGAGAGAUCAUCCAUGGGAACACCCUACUUUCUUCAGGUUCACCUUCAUCAGAACUCGUUUCCUUCCUCUUCAUCUCAUCUUCCCGGAUUCUCCUUCUCCCGAUCUUCAAAAUCGAUCAUCGUUUUCGUGUCCUCGCCACCACUCUAAGCUUUCUGAUUCACAGUUUCUUCUUCUCCUCUUCUGAAUCAUUUGUUCUGCGACCACCUAAAACGCAAAUUCUGAGAUGCCCAUUUCGUCAUCGUCAUGCUUCAGCUGAUUCCCGCAGUCAAAAUCGCAUCUUGGUGUUUUGCGGCGCUCUCGAGCUUCUACAACUGUUUCCACGUCUUCGUCUCCGAUCGCUCCGCAGAUCUUCGUAACUUUCCCCUCACUGGGCUCUUCUCCGCUUUCUCCAAUCCCAACUUCUUCUUCGUCAGGAUUAUUUGAUCUCCCCCAAAGCUGCAAACUUUACAUAAGACUUCAAAGAUUUAGUGCAUUAGAGAGCGUUUAAAGAGUCUGCUUUUAGGGUUUCCACGCCACGUAAGGUUUAGGGUUAAUUCGUUUUAGAGGUUAUCAUUGGUAUAUAUGAAGAUUAUUUAACAACUGUCUUAAAGAAGGGUUUUGGAGAAAUUGAGAAAAUGUGCGAGGAUGAUCAUCAUUUUGUGGAGUGGAAAGAGCAUUUUGUCUCACAGGAGCGAGGGAACCGUGUUGUUCAUUACUUCCUCAAGGACUCUUCCGGUGAAUCCAUCUUAGCUGUGGUUGGAACCGAGAGAAGUGUUAGACACAUGUUCUACGUUGUCUCUGAGGACUUUGUGCGUGCUUAUGGUGCCGAGAAUUCGAUCGAUUCCGGUUUCAAAUGGAGGUCCAGAAGAGAAGUUGUGGACUGGCUCACUUCGAUGCUUUCUAAACAAAAUACACAAGGAAACUGGUCGAGCUAUGGAUUUGCUGCUCAGCGAGCUCAAGCAACUGAAGAGGUGCGGUUUCCCAUAAACUUGAGGGUUCACAAUUGGGAGAUUAUGUGGUCAGGAACGUCCUGGAUGUGUGGUAAACAGCUCAAACAUUACCCAUCAUUCUGUAGGAAUGGGAUAACUAUAGGGGUUCAAUCUUUUGUCUUUGUGAUGAGCAAAGCGGACGACCUGUACGUUGCGUAUCUGGAAGAUAUGUACGAGGACAAGCGUGGCCUAAAAAAGGUCAGAGUGAGGUGGUUCCAUCACACAAAAGAAGUGAAGGGUGCAGUUUCUCUCAAAAACCCACACCCAAAAGAGGUUUUCAUCACCCCUCACUCUCAGGUCAUCAGUGCAGAGUGUGUCGAUGGUCCCGCCACUGUUUUGACCCGUGAGCAUUACGAGGAGUGUAUAGCUUCUUUUCCCAAUUCUUUAUUGGCGAGGGUUCACAUGUGCUACCGGCAACUGAAGAAGAACAAAAUCAAACCUUUUGACUUGAGUAAAUUGCGUGGAUAUCUGGACCAACCGAUAAUGUCUUGCUUAAGUUCUAUGGAGGCUGAUCCUGUAGUCUGUGGGAUGAAUAAAGAGGAAGAUGAACAGUGGAGUGAGGGUGAGAAUGGCGCUGAGAGGAGCAAGAAGAAACAAGCACAUCUGUUAACAAGAUAUGAAUCUUCAUGUAAAAGACUCAAACUUGAUCCCUCAGGGAAAAGCUUUCCUUCCCUAGUCGAUGCUCAUAAAAAUCCUUGUUAUAAUGGAGUGAUUAAGCCUGAUGCAAAAAUAGAGUUUCUAUGUCAAGAUAGCGGCAUUAGAGGUUGCUGGUUUAGGUGCACUGUCCUGGAAGUAUCAAGAAAACAGGUUAAACUCCAGUAUGAUGAUAUAGAGGACGAAGAUGGAUAUGGAAACCUUGAGGAAUGGGUGCCGGCUUUGAAAUCUGCUAUGCCUGAUAAGCUUGGUAUGAGGUCGUCCAACCGCCCAACAAUCCGCCCUGCUCCUCCUGAUGCUAAAAUAGCAGACUUUGACCCUACAAUUGGUGAAGCAGUUGAUGCAUGGUGGAAUGAUGGUUGGUGGGAAGGUGUUGUAAUCGCCACUGACAAACCAAACGCUGAGGACUUGCAAAUAUAUAUCCCUGGGGAGAACUUAUACUUAACAGUGCACAGGAAGGAUGUUCGGAGUUCCAGAGACUGGGUGGGAGACAGCUGGGUUGAUAUCGAUCCUAAACCCGAAAUACUCUCUCUUAUAUCUUCUGAUGUUAGCCCGGAAGCCAAGCUUUUCAUGUCCUCCACUCUUGCAAAUGAUGCCAAGGCAAAGCCCAUUGCAAUGGCAGAUAUUGUUGAGGUGGCAAAACUUAGAGGCGAUAAACUGGACCUUUUAGGAGAACAGAACAAAGAGCUUAAAGAUGAUGGGGCUGUUAAGGAGAAUGAUGAAAGCAGACAAGAGGACAAAGAGAUUGGAAGUAACCAAACUAAUGCCUAUGUCAACAAUGAAAAGACUGUGCAAGACCACAACGAGGAUGAUGUCACCGUUAAUGAUGAGAAGGUACGCAAAUCAGAAUCAGACUUCACCCUAACAGACACUACUACCACGCUGGUCACAACGUAACGAUGCUUUCUUGAGGUCUAUAUAAUGUUGGUUACACUGGUACGUGCCACAUCUCCGGAAACUUUGGUGUUUCUUUGUGUAUAGAUUGACAUAGUUUGCAGACAAAAAAAAAGAAGUGAUUCUUGGUUUGGCUUGGUGGAUGCUGAGAGAAGAGUAGGUAAAGGUUGUAUAGAAAAUUGAAGAGGCAUGAUUUGGUAGGAUUAUUUAGGACUUUGGUUAUUUUAGGUUUAAGCAAUGUUGUUAGGGGAAAAAACACACUUCUGGGCUUGAUAUGUAAUUUGUCUUUCAUUAGAGUUAUGUAUUUACUGGUCAAGGUUCUUUAUGACCGAUAAAGCUUGAAUGUAUCGACUUUCAUGUGAGUAAAUAAACUAUUUAACAAAGCA